AGGUUUCAGUAGCGGCGCUGCGCGCAGGCCGGGAACACGAAACCAAGAGCUGCAGCCCAAGCCACCUCGGUGCCGUGUAGCCGGGGCGCUAGCCCGCUUGCAGCCCCAGGAUUAGACGGAGGACACGUCCUUAGCGCGGCCGCCGCCCAGCCGCCCUCACCUGGAUUACUUACCGCGGCAGCAGAAGCGGAGCUGGCGAGAAGGCCCAGGGAGGAGUAGCGUCCAAGCAGAGCCAGGCUUUUCAGGGACCCCUCCAGCGGGCGGACGCGCGGGAAAGCGGCGUCCGGAGCAGAGCCGGUUUCAAGGCCCGCGGGUGGAGAGAGCGACGCCCCAGGGGAUGGCUGCCGCGACCCGGAGCGUCUCUGGCUGGGCUCUACUGCUGCUGGUGGCGCUUUCGCAGCAGCGCGCGGCCGGCUCCGGCGUCUUCCAGCUGCAGCUGCUGGAGUUCGCCAACGAGCACGGCGUCCUAGCCAGUGGGCGGUCGUGCGAGCCCCGCUGCCGGACCUUCUUCCACAUCUGCCUUAAGCACUUCCAGGCGGUCGUCUCGCCCGGGGCCUGCACCUUCGGCAGCGUCUCCACGCCGGUAUUGGGCACCAACUCCUUCGCCGUCGGGGACGACAGUAGCGGCGGGGGCCGCAAUCCUCUCCAACUGCCCUUCAAUUUCACCUGGCCGGGUACCUUCUCACUCAUCAUCGAAGCUUGGCACGCGCUGGGAAAAGACCUGCGGCCAGAGGCCUUGCCAGCAGACGCACUCAUCAGCAGGAUCACCAUCCAGGGGUCCCUAGCUGUGGGCGAGAACUGGUUACCGGACGAGCAGAGCCGCUCCCUCACAAGACUUCGCUAUUCUUACCGGGUCAUCUGCAGUGACAACUACUAUGGGGACAACUGCUCACGCCUGUGCAAGAAGCGCAAUGACCACUUCGGCCACUACGUGUGCCAACAAGAUGGCAGUCUGUCCUGCCUGCCUGGCUGGACCGGGAAGUACUGUGAUCAGCCGAUCUGUCUUUCUGGCUGUAACGAGCAGAAUGGUUACUGCAUGAAGCCGGCAGAGUGCCUCUGCCGCCCAGGCUGGCAGGGCCGCCUAUGCAAUGAGUGUAUCCCCCACAAUGGCUGCCGCCACGGCACCUGCAGCACCCCCUGGCAAUGUACCUGUGAUGAGGGCUGGGGAGGCCUGUUCUGUGAUCAGGACCUCAACUACUGCACCCACCACUCCCCGUGCAAGAACGGGGCGACGUGCUCCAACAGCGGGCAGCGGAGCUACACCUGCGCCUGUCGCCCGGGCUAUACUGGCGUGGACUGUGAGCUGGAGCUCAGCGAGUGUGACAGUAACCCCUGCCGCAAUGGAGGCAGCUGUAAGGACCAAGAGGACGGCUACCUCUGCCUGUGCCCCCCGGGAUACUACGGCUUGCACUGUGAACACAGCACUUUGACCUGCACCGACUCCCCCUGCUUCAAUGGGGGGUCCUGCCGGGAGCGCAACCAGGGGUCCAGCUAUGCCUGCGAAUGCCCCCCUAACUUCACUGGCUCCAACUGCGAGAAGAAAGUGGACAGAUGCACCAGCAACCCGUGUGCCAAUGCGGGCCAGUGCCUGAACCGAGGCCCGAACCGCCUGUGCCGCUGCCGUCCUGGAUUCACAGGCGCCCACUGUGAACUCUCCAUCAGCAACUGUGCCCGCAGCCCUUGUGCCCAUGGUGGCACUUGCCAUGACCUGGAGAACGGGCUCUUCUGCACCUGCCCUCCUGGCUUCUCAGGUCGGCGCUGCGAGGUGCGGACCCCGACCGAUGCCUGUGCCUCAGGGCCCUGCUUCAACGGGGCCACCUGCUAUGCUGGCCUGUCCCCGGACAACUUCAUCUGCAACUGCCCCUACGGCUUCCUGGGCAGCCGCUGCGAGAUCCCUGUGGACAUGCCGCCCAGCUUCCCCUGGGUGGCCGUGUCCCUGGGCGUGGGGCUGGUGGUGGUGCUGCUGUUGCUGGGCAUGGUGGCCGUGGCUGUGUGGCAGCUGCGGCUUCGGCGGCCAGACGACACCAGCAGGGAGGCCAUGAACAACUUGUCAGACUUCCAGAAGGACAACCUGAUCCCCGCCGCCCAGCUCAAGAACACAAACCAGAAGAAGGAGCUGGAAGUGGACUGUGGCCUGGACAAGUCCAACUGCGGCAAACAGCAGAACCACACAUUGGACUAUAAUCUGGCCCCAGGCCUCCCGGGCCGGGGGACCAUGCCGGGGAAGUAUCCCCACAGUGACAAGAGCUUAGGGGAGAAGGCGCCACUGCAGUUACACAGGGAAAAGCCACAGUGUCGGAUAUCAGCGAUAUGCUCCCCCAGGGACUCCGUGUACCAGUCCGUGUGUUUGAUAUCAGAGGAGAGGAAUGAAUGUGUCAUUGCCACGGAGGUAUAAGGCAGGAGCCUAGGACAUCGCAGCUUCGGCCCAGCAGCUGGACCUUCCUUCUGCACUGUUUACAUUGCAACCUGGAUGGGACGUUUUCAUAUGCACCGUGCUGCUCUCGGGAGGAGGAGGGAACGGCAUGAAGCGGACAGACUGUGAACUCGCCAAGAGACGCCUCUGGGUGUCUGUCUGCCAUCAGCUUGGCAGCCGCGCCAGCCAGGACAGAGGAGAGGUGCCACUUGGAGCCGCCCUGGCAGCGGUGGGCUUCGGAGUGCUCCUUCUGGGGCUCUGAGCUCUUUUCCAGAGGGAGUGGCAGUGGGCCCUUGGGGCUUGGAGCCGCCGUGGCCUCCACUGGCAUCUGUGUUUCCCAAAGUGCCUUUGGCCCAGGCUCCCUGGUGACAGCUGGCCCGGAUCAGAGAGGAGAGAGGGGGCCAACACGGUCAGGGCCCGUAUGGGCCAGAGCACUGUUGGGUGCGGCUCUUAGCAGGGGCUGCUCUGCAGGUGAGAUGAGCGCCCGAAGGGAGAGGAGGGCUUUUCGCCCCGCGUCUCCAACUACUGCAUGUGGGCCUCUCUCCCAGGCCCAGGCCCUCUGGGGAAAACGUUGGUAAGCCUUACCGGGCUUCCCCGAGCCUCUGGCACUGGGUGCUUCUGGGCUCCUGUGAGCAGACAGGUGGAGGACCUGCCCCUUCUGCCAGCCAAGGGCGCCAGGCCUGACGGGGGAGCUCAGGGGAAUUAUGUUGGAAAUUCUACUGAGGGAGAAAUGGGUGCUGCUGCCACUUGGGGCCUUUCUUCCCUCAAACUCACCUCUACGGCCUCGAGCCUGGGUUCUGACCAUGCCCACUACUGCCCCAGACCAUCUUUGAAGCUGACCUUCAGAAAUCAAUAAUAUGAGUUUUUAUUUUGUUUGUUUUUUGUAGUUUAUUUUGGAGUCUAGUAUUUCGAUAAUUUAAGAAUCAGAAGCACUGACCUUUCUACAUUUUAUAACAUUAUUUUGUAUAUAAUGUGUAUUUAUAAUAUGGAACA